AUGGUCGGUCUGCUCUCGGUUUUUUUAACGAUUCUCUAAUCUUCUAUUCGCUAACUUUCUACAUGAAACCAAUUUAGUUACAAGAUUAUUUUGAUUGUUUCUUCAUUUGAUAUUUUAAUAAUUGGCUUAAUAUAAGUACAAAAUGUUGAUUAAAGUAAAAACUUUGACUGGUAAAGAAAUUGAAAUUGAUAUUGAACCAACUGAUAGAGUUGAAAGAAUAAAAGAGAGAGUUGAAGAAAAAGAAGGUAUACCACCACAACAGCAAAGAUUAAUCUUUUCUGGUAAACAAAUGAAUGAUGAAAAAACAGCCCAAGAUUACAAAGUUCAAGGUGGAUCUGUAUUACAUUUGGUAUUAGCAUUGAGAGGUGGAAUUUGCUGAUACCUUUAAAAUGUAUGAAAAAUAAUUAUUUAUUAUAAAAUUUAAAUUUUCAAACUUAUACAUAGGAUUUCAAAUUAAAAAAUAAAUUUUAUGUUUGGUUACACCCAUGGUAUAAGAAAUGCUAUGUUAUGGUAGCAAAUGUUGAAUUAUCAAAUAAACAUAAAAAAAUUUAAUAAAAUUAUAAAAUAA